UGCGGGCUUAUUACUUGCUCGCAAAAAAAUAGUCCGGCGGUGGCUAAGAGAAGGGGCUGUGCUGAAGGAGACUCGAAAAGACAACCUAGCUCGGUUUUUCCUCCCCGUUUACUUAUAUCAGCAUCCAUAUAUUCGUAAACAUGAAUGACAACGAGAAGCUGGACAACCAGAGGCUGAAAAAUUUCAAGAACAAAGGUCGGGAUUUGGAGACUAUGAGAAGACAGCGAACAGAGGUGGUGGUUGAGCUGAGAAAGAAUAAAAGGGACGAGCACCUCCUGAAGAGGAGAAAUGUGCCACAUGAGGACAUCUGCGACGACUCUGAUGUUGAUGGAGAUUUCAGAACGCAAAACACUUCUUUGGAAGCAAUAGUCCAAAACGCUACCAGCGAUAACCAGGGCAUUCAGCUGAGUGCAGUGCAGGCUGCCAGGAAACUUCUGUCAAGUGACCGCAACCCUCCGAUAGAUGACUUGAUAAAGUCUGGAAUUCUACCCAUUCUAGUGCACUGCCUGGACAGAGAUGACAAUCCAUCUCUCCAGUUCGAGGCAGCCUGGGCUUUGACCAACAUCGCUUCAGGAACCUCUGAGCAGACACAAGCAGUGGUGCAGUCCAAUGCAGUUCCUCUGUUCCUCAGGCUGCUCCACUCUCCCCAUCAGAAUGUAUGUGAACAAGCUGUCUGGGCACUGGGCAAUAUCAUUGGUGAUGGUCCCCAGUGCAGAGACUAUGUGAUCAGCCUCGGCGUGGUGAAACCAUUGCUGUCCUUCAUCAGCCCCUCCAUCCCUAUCACCUUCCUGCGCAAUGUCACUUGGGUCAUGGUUAACCUCUGCCGCCACAAGGACCCACCUCCACCUAUGGAGACCAUCCAGGAGAUUCUGCCUGCGCUGUGUGUUCUGAUUCAUCACACGGAUGUGAAUAUCCUGGUCGACACAGUGUGGGCUCUGUCUUACCUGACUGAUGCUGGAAACGAGCAAAUCCAGAUGGUCAUCGACUCUGGCAUCGUCCCUUACCUGGUGCCCCUCCUCAGCCACCAGGAGGUCAAAGUACAGACGGCAGCGCUGCGAGCAGUGGGGAACAUUGUGACCGGCACGGAUGAACAGACGCAGGUGGUGCUGAACUGCGAUGCCCUGAGCCACUUCCCUGCCCUCCUCACUCACCCUAAGGAGAAAAUCAACAAGGAGGCAGUGUGGUUCCUGUCUAACAUCACAGCUGGGAACCAGCAGCAGGUCCAGGCAGUCAUUGAUGCCAACCUGGUGCCCAUGAUCAUUCUUCUGCUUGACAAGGGAGAUUUUGGCACUCAGAAGGAGGCAGCCUGGGCCAUCAGCAACCUCACAAUAAGUGGCAGAAAAGAUCAGGUUGCGUACCUGAUCCAGCAGCAGGUUAUCCCUCCCUUCUGCAACCUGCUGACGGUGAAGGAUGCUCAGGUGGUGCAGGUGGUCCUGGAUGGACUGAGUAAUAUUCUCAAAAUGGCUGAUGAUGAGGCAGAGACUAUUGCCAACCUCAUUGAAGAAUGUGGAGGCUUGGAGAAGAUUGAACAGCUGCAGAAUCAUGAAAAUGAGGACAUCUACAAACUGGCUUACGAAAUCAUUGAUCAGUUCUUCUCAUCUGAUGAUAUCGACGAAGACUCGAGUCUGGUUCCAGAGGCCAUCCAAGGCGGAACGUACGGGUUCAAUUCGUCAGCCAACGUGCCAGCAGAGGGAUUCCAGUUCUAGAAGGGGCGACGUGAGAGCCAGAGUUUUGUUUGUGAUGCAGCACUCUGUUCAACAUACAAAAAAAAAAAAUUAAUUAGGAGAGAAAGAGAGAGAGAAGCGCGCGAGAGUGUGAGAAAUUAGAUCCAUUGUGCUUGGCUCAUGGGAUCCAUGGCUGCAUCUAAUCCAAGAGAAAUUGUGUGGAUUUCGUUUGGCAUCCUGGAGGAUCCAGUCCAAAUGAAGUUUGUGAUGGCGAGUGGGUGCGAGUGAGAGUGAGUGGCUACUAUAUGUUGCAAAACACGACCAUCAACACUGAAUGCGUUCAGAGAACAUUUUCGUGAAACUUCACAAAAACAUCGGAACGUGUCUACCUAACGACGAAAAAACAAACGAACGAUGUCGAACCGCGGGGGACAACCAAGACAUCGCAAACUAGCAAUUGGAGGUAAAGACAAAGAAAAAAAAACAGAUGAAACGUCUGAAUACGAAUAUACGACGACAAAUGGGGGGGAAAAACGAACCAUAUCACAUUGGAGAGGUUCCGAGGAGUGGGAGGAGUCUUCCUGGUUGGCCCCUCCCCCCCACAAUGGGCCACGCUGUGAGAGAUGUGUAUGAGUGGGCCGUUUGGCGUAUGAAUGUCUGGACUCGGUGCCGAGGAGGCGGAGCUCAUCUCCUUCCGGGCUGAGGAAACUUUAACUUUUUCAAGCGCACCGGCCGCUUCUCCGCACUGUCCGCCGGCGCCGGACUGCGCUACGUGUGCAAGUGAGCGGACGAAUGGGUGUGUGUGGGGAAAAUUGACAAAACAAAAAAAACAAAACGUGCGUGACUGACUGGAUUGUGUGCGAGGCAGGGCUGAAUGUGGACGCAUGUGGAGAGAGUCACCAUCGGAAUACUGAAAGGAGCAUUAAGCAAAGCAACAAACGUCAGAAGGAAAAAACAGCCUGGACGAAGAGGCUGAUCUGAUCUAAUAAUAAGAAAAAUCGUCAAGAAGAAUAAAAACAAACAAACAAAAAAAAAAAAACAACAAAUUGAGACUACGUCAAUUUUUUUGUUUUCGGGUUUAGAACCAACAACACUGGACUGAGCUCUUGGGCAGAGUAUUAGAGGGCCAUUGUGUGGAAAAUAAGAAAACAAAAUUAUUCACUCUAGCUUCUGGGAUUUGCUUUUAGUCUCCAGCGUUUUAUUUUUUAUUUCAUUUUUAGCUUCAGGUUAUAUUCAGUGCUUGCAUAGAACUGAGGGAUUUAACCCCAUCACUUCCUUCACACUGUAGUUUUACCUUAACGGAAGCAAGGUUGGUUUGACGCUGAUCAUCUUCACCAAAUCGAAUAAUCUUCUGCUUUUUUGCAUGAUUUUCUUUGCUUACUUUCUUUUUUCUUUUUCUUCUUAAAGCUUCUACUCUGCAGCGCUGUUGCCGUAGCUUUGAGCUUUCAUGAGCUUUGAGCUGUUAAAUGGGGGUGAAAUUGUUAAAAACGGAGGCCAUUUAAGUCACGAAAACAUCUUUGCAUGUACCAAACUACAGCAUAGUUUUAGGCGUUUUAAGUUUUGUUAUGUGUAUAAAAUGUCUUUUUAUUCUUUUUUUCUUUAUUUUUUUUCUUUUUUAAUUAGUAAACUGCUGUUGAAGUGUUACAUGUCCCUCCCCCCCCGCCCCCCCCCAACUUCCUACCUACCUGAUCAACAGUCGAAUAUUAAACCAUUUCACGCACAACGUACAAUGGGAUGCGUAGGACAGACAUGCCAGCACCCUCAACUAUAUGCAUAACACAGAUACAAUCUUACAUUUGAAUAUAAGUGUAGAUAAGAUAGUCAUAAUUAAUGUCGAGCCACAUUAGGGGAGUAAGAGUCUUCACAGUAGUUUCAAUGAUUUGAAAUAAAUGACCUGCCUCUUAUUUUGGGGUGUUCCUAUUAUUGGGAGAGAUGUUUUUUCAUAGUGUGAUGAUCCAGCUCCCUGAAGUCUCUGGUGGCUCGCAGACUGUUGUGCGGUGCCUUCUUUCUAGAGCACAAAAAAUGGAGAAAAAAGAAAAAAAAAAACAAAAAAAAUAGAUGCAUGAACAAAAGUGCUGUUCUUGAGUACAUCCUAUUGUCCUGAUUCCCUUAGAGCCCCUUUUUAUUUUUCUUUUUGUGUUGAAGUUUCAGAACACUGUAGAGACGGAUUACUCUUUGUGGUCAUAACUUUCUGUUGGACAUAGGGUAUAUUUACAGCAUUCCUUGUUAGCAGAGAUGUGGUUUCAAAGAAGGCGGGGGAUAAAAUAAUAAAAACAUUGGAGUUAGAUGGUCUGCUUAACCUGUUGAACAUAGACUACGGGCUAAGUUUCUUUGGUGAAAUAAAUAUUGAAACCAUA